AUGCCUGGCGAAGUUAUAAGCGAGCCGAAUCCGCAACCACUGCCAUCCCAUCUACCAGACUACCUUGAGAACUUAUGCGUGGAAGUGCCUCCUGGGCACCUAGACCAGAAGGCCUGCGAUGCCUUGUUUAAGUUUCGUCAAGCGGCUUGCUACAUUGCUGCAGCAAUGAUAUUCCUGCAAGAGAACACUCUUCUGAAGUCGGAACUCACAUUUGACCAUGUCAAGCCUCGAUUACUGGGUCACUGGGGAACAUGCCCGGGCUUAAUCCUGGUAUACUCUCACCUAAACUACUUGAUCCGGACUAUGGAUCUGGACAUGCUGUAUGUCGUCGGGCCAGGACAUGGCGCACCGGCAAUCCUAGCCGCACUCUGGCUAGAAGGCUCGCUGGAGAAAUUCUACCCCGAGUAUUCGCGAGACGGCAAAGGCCUGCACAAUCUGAUCUCGAACUUUAGCACAACCUCCGGCUUCCCCAGUCACAUCAACGCCGAAACUCCCGGCGCCAUCCACGAAGGUGGAGAGCUGGGCUACGCUCUGGCAGUCUCUUUUGGCGCUGUCAUGGAUAGGCCUGACCUGAUUGUCCCUUGUGUCGUGGGUGAUGGAGAAGCUGAAUCAGGUCCCACCGCUGCGUCCUGGCAUGCAAUCAAAUACAUUGACCCCAAGGAGUCAGGUGCAGUGUUGCCCAUCUUGCAUGUAAAUGGGUUCAAAAUCAGUGAGCGGACCAUCUUCGGAUGCAUGGACCACAAGGAGCUUGUGUCUCUCUUCAGUGGAUAUGGAUAUCAAGUCCGCUUUGUGGAGGACAUCAACGACAUUGAUACGGAUUUGCACUUCUCCAUGGUGUGGGCCGUGAAGGAGAUCCACAAGAUCCAAAAGGCUGCCCGUUCUGGGAACCCUAUCCUCAAACCAAGAUGGCCGAUGCUGAUUCUGCGGACUCCAAAGGGCUGGUCUGGGCCGAAGCAGCUGCAUGGCAAGUUCAUCGAAGGCUCGUUCCACUCACACCAGGUUCCUUUGCCGAAAGCAAAGAAAGACAAGGAAGAGCUGGAUUUGCUGCAGAAGUGGCUUUCUGGCUACAAGCCCAACGAGCUGUUCACUUCGAACGGCGACAUCAUUGACGAGAUCAAAUCUGUGAUUCCCACCAACGACAAAAAGAAGCUUGGCCAGCGGGUCGAAGUCUACAAUGGCUAUACACCACCAAAGAUGCCGGAAUGGAAAGCUUUCUGCGCGGAAAAAGGCUCCGAGGAGAGCGCGAUGAAAGUGGUUGGCAAAUUCAUCAACCAGACAUUCAAGGACAACCCGACUUCAGUGCGGCUGUUCUCGCCUGACGAGCUAGAAAGCAACAAGCUCGAUGCCGUGUUUGAGGACACGAACCGCAAUUUCCAAUGGGACGAAUUCGCCAACGCUCGCGGCGGCCGUGUCAUCGAAGUCCUUAGCGAACACAUGUGUCAGGGAUUCAUGCAAGGCUAUACCCUGACCGGCCGCACUGGAAUUUUCCCUUCCUAUGAGAGCUUCCUUGGUAUCAUUCACACUAUGAUGGUGCAAUACUCCAAGUUUAUGAAGAUGGCACUAGAAACAACCUGGCACUCCGGAGUCAGCAGCAUGAACUACAUCGAGUCAAGCACCUGGACCCGCCAGGAACACAAUGGCUUCUCCCACCAGAACCCAUCCUUCAUCGGCUCCGUCCUCAAACUGAAGCCCACCGCAGCCCGCGUGUACCUACCACCCGACGCGAACACCUUCCUGACGACUGUCCAUCACUGUCUGAAAUCCAAGAACUACAUUAACCUGAUGGUUGGCUCGAAACAACCAACGCCAGUAUACCUAAGCCCCGAAGAAGCCGAGGCCCACUGCCGCGCCGGCGCAUCGAUCUGGAAGUUCUGCAGCACAGAUGACGGAGCAAACCCAGACGUCGUGCUCGCCGGCAUUGGCGUCGAGGUGAUGUUCGAAGUGAUUGCGGCAGCCAAGCUGCUGAACGAACUCAUCCCGGAGCUGCGUGUCUGUGUCGUUAACGUGACCGACCUGAUGAUUCUCGAGAACGAGGGUCUACAUCCGCAUGCCCUGUCCGAUGAGGCCUUCAACAACAUUUUCACCGCCGACAAGCCUGUUCACUUCAAUUACCACGGCUACCCGACCGAGCUGCAGGGCUUACUGUUUGGACGUCCAAAUAUGGAUCGUGUCACCGUUGCGGGGUACAUUGAGGAGGGGAGCACUACCACGCCUUUCGACAUGAUGCUUGUCAACCAUGUCUCGCGUUACCACGUUGCGCAGCAAGCUCUUCGUGGUGCCGCAACGAGGAAUGAGAAGGUGCGGGUUCGUCAGCAGGAGCUCAAUGCUCAGCUUGAGCAGCGGAUCGUGGAUACGAGGAAGUAUAUCAAGCAGAAUCAUAAUGAUCCCGAGGGCGUCUAUGAUAUGCCCAAGUUUGGUUAG